AUGAAUCAAAAAUCAUUCUAUAACAAAUCAAAAGUAACAAAGGAAGAUAUAGAAAGAGAAUUUGACAAAACAAAUGGCACAGUGAAAAAUCACAUCUGUGAACUUAAUGAUAGGGAAAAGAUAUUAUAUGAAAACACAGAUCAAGGCAUAUACAAAAAGAACUGUUUCUCAAGAUGUAAUAAAAAAAGGGAAAAAAAUAGCAUACAUUUUAAGGGUAUUUAUAAAAAAGAACAUAUAUACCUUUGCAGUGCCAUUGAGGAUUUUAUUUAUAAAAAACAUGAUACCAUUCCAAUUUAUGGGGAAUUAUAUUUUUUAAAAAAAAAAAAAAAAGAACUACUGAAAAGGAGGAAGUUGUGUGUAGGUAAUAAACAUUAUGCCCAGAACCUGUCAGAAAAUUUUGAUAGUAGUAGCAAUGACAGAAUAUACUGCACAAAGGGUAUUGAAACUCUUGUUUCACUUGAUGACAAGAGUAGUUGUAACGUUAAUGGGUCUGAAUCAAAUGCCCUGGAAUUAAUAACAUGUAAGAACAGCACAAUAGGAUUAAAAAAGACGACAAGUUCUCCCACAUUCUACAUGGGAAAUGUGAAAGGUGUCUGGAACAAUUAUAAGCAUACGACUUGUGAAGAACUAAAAGGAGAAGUAAAGCACAAUGAGAAAAAUUGUAGUGAGUUUUAUUUUCAGAGGAAUCAGAAAAGCACCUACAAAACCCGCAUUAACGAAGCAAAAAAUCCAACUAAAUAUGGAGAAAGAAAAAUCAUAUCAUCUAAUAGUUCAUAUGCACUAAACAAACAAGGUAAAAAAAGGAUAAAAUCAGAAAUGAGUAAAACAGAGGGAAAAACACACCAACGAAAUUUAAGCACAAAAAGUGUGGAGGAAAAAACAGGAAUAACAGGUAAAACAAGAAUAACAGGAAAAACAAGAAUAACAGGGAAAAACAUAAUUCCUGAGAACUUAAAAAUUAUUAGUAGACACUCGAGGGAAAAUAUUUACAACAAAAUUUACCAUUUAAGAAGCGAACAGUUGGGGGAAAUCAGACGCAGUAAAGUACAAAAACAAAUUAACAAAUGUGUAAGCGGAAAAAUAUACAUACAGUUAAGUGAAAGGAAUAAAUUAAAUAGCAUGCAGCAAGUGCAAGAGAAAAAAAAUGAAUAUAACAUUAAUUUUUUAAACAAUUUAUUCAAAAAAAUCGAAUCGAAAAGGAAAAAAAGAUAUAACUAUAGAGGGUACCUAAUAAAUAAACACUACAAAAAUAGGAUUCAUAAAGAGAGCUAUUCUGACAAACACAAGGAAGAGCAAAAAGAAAAAUCACAAAAUGCAGCAACACUUUCAGAAAUGAUACCUGAAGCUGGGGGAGAAAAAGGAAAAUCUUGCAUGGAUAAACUUGCCUGUAAAAGCCUCACAAAUUGGUCUGAGGAACAAUGCACUAUGGAUUUUAUUCAAAAUUGUAGAUCCAUUGAUAAAAGAAUGAAGAACUACAUAAAUGAGCAGAUUAAAUAUUAUGGAACCAACAUGCGAAAAGAUAACUUCGAUCAAAUUUCUUUUUUUCUCCAGAAUAAUUCGCAAAAAGGAAUUCCUCAUGGAUCCCUCAGCAGAAAUCAUAAUACUGAUGAGAAUAUGCAUAAAAAUGGACAAAUACAUUCAUGUCUAAAUUGUGACAAGUGCAUAGAUUUAAAAAGUUACCUUGUAGAAUGUGAAGAUGAAAUGAACAUGGAUCGAAAGUUGAAAAAAACAAGAGAUGUAUUCUGUACAAGGAAAAAUGGAAUAGUGACACACAAAAGAAUAAAUGAGAAAAGUGAUAGAAGUGAAAUUUAUACAAAUUUAUUAAACAAAAAUAAAUUCAUCAAAGAGUUCAAGAAUUUAAAAAAAUUGGAAGAAGAGGAAAUCGAUUUCUUUAAAAUUUACAAAUAUUUAGCAAAUGAAAAAAAUGUUUUGAAAAAAUUAUUAGAUCAACAAAAAAAAAAAAAUAAUAAAAGUUGUUUAAAAAAAUUAAUUCAAAUAAAAAAAAAUAUGAUAAAAUUUAUUAAUAAUUUUGAGAAAAUAUUUACAAAAAAAAAAAAAAAAAAAAAAAAAAAAAAAAAUUUUUUAUAA